GUUGCUCGAAAAUGGCAGUCACUUCCGUCUGUCAAAUUUUUCUUUCUUUCCCAGCCACGACGAGCAAGGGUCGACAGCAUGAGUUCUCUAAAGCUCCAGAAGAGGCUCGCAGCCUCAGUGCUGCGUUGCGGCAAGAAGAAGGUUUGGUUGGAUCCCAAUGAAAUAAAUGAAAUCGCCAACACAAACUCGCGUCAGAACAUACGCAAACUGAUCAAGGAUGGUCUGAUCAUCAAGAAGCCCGUCGUGGUGCAUUCCCGCUACCGUGUCCGCAAGAACACCGAGGCGCGCCGCAAGGGCCGCCACUGCGGUUUCGGUAAGCGCAAGGGUACGGCGAACGCCCGUAUGCCCACCAAGCUGCUGUGGAUGCAGCGCCAGCGUGUGCUGCGCCGUUUGCUGAAGAAGUAUCGCGACAGCAAGAAGAUCGAUCGCCAUCUGUACCACGAUCUGUACAUGAAGUGCAAGGGUAAUGUGUUCAAGAACAAGCGUGUCCUCAUGGAGUACAUUCACAAGAAGAAGGCCGAGAAGCAGCGCAGCAAGAUGCUGGCUGACCAGGCCGAGGCCAGGCGACAGAAGGUGCGCGAGGCACGCAAGCGACGUGAGGAGCGUAUUGCCACCAAGAAACAGGAGCUCAUCGCCCUGCACGCCAAGGAGGAUGAGAUCGCUGCGAAGGCUGCCACUGCGGGUCAUUAAGUCGACUUAAACAACAGCGUUCCCAGACCGUGGGCAUUAAUUAGUAAUUGUUUUACAAGUGAAAUAAAAAUUGUCAUUUUAGUUUGGCCGAAAUGAUUUUGUACAAACGAGA